AUGGCUCGUACCAAGCAAACCGCCCGCAAAUUGACAGGAGGAAAACCGCGAAAACAGCUAUGCACUAUGCAAGCUCGCUUUUCCCGACCACAUACGGGAGGACAAAAAAGACCUCAUCGCUUCCGUCCUGGCACCGUGGCUCUUCGUGAUAUUAGGAAAUAUCAGAAGACGACGGAUCUCCUGCUUCGCAAGUUGCCAUUCCAACGUCUCGUCCGAGAGAUUGCUCAGGGAUUCCGAACGGCGGAUCUCCGAUUCCAGUCACUCGCCAUCAUGGCUCUUCAAGAGGCCGCCGAGGCGUAUCUCGUCGGACUGUUUGAAGACACCAACUUGUGUGCAAUCCAUGCAAGACGAGUCACCAUCUUCCCGAAGGAUAUGGAAUCGAAUUCACAACCAUCGAACCCAACGGCUCUCUUUAGGGCCACAAAUCCAACAAAAUCCAAUCAUUUCUGGUCUUUCAUAAAGUAUCUCUGCGUCUCCACUAGUUUUUUUUGA